AUGAGCAUCCCUCACAAUGGCAGCCUCCAGAAAGACACCUUCUUCCUGACAGGCUUCCAAGGUCUGGAGAAUCUUCAUGGCUGGAUCUCUAUACCCUUCUGCUCCAUCUACUUGACAGUUAUUUUGGGAAACCUUACCAUCCUUCAUGUUAUUCGUACAGAUGCCAGCCUUCACGAACCCAUGUACUAUUUCUUGGGCAUGCUGGCCAUCACAGACUUAGGCCUUUGCCUUUCUACACUGCCCACUGUGCUGGGCAUCUUCUGGUUUGAUGCCAGAGAGAUUGGCAUCCCUGCCUGCUUUACUCAGCUCUUUUUUAUCCACACACUGUCUCUAGUAGAAUCAUCAGUUCUACUAUCCAUGUCCAUCGACCGCUACGUGGCCAUUUGUAACCCAUUGCGUUACUCCACCAUCCUGACACCUGCUCGGAUUGUCAAGAUGGGGCUGAGCUCCUUGGUCAGAAGUGCCCUUCUCAUCCUCCCCUUACCUUUCCUCCUUAAACGUUUUCAGUACUGCCGCUCCCAUGUGCUAGCUCACGCCUAUUGUUUACACCUGGAGAUUAUGAAGCUGGCCUGCUCUAGCAUCAUUGUGAAUCACAUCUAUGGGCUCUUUGUUGUGGCUUGCACUGUGGGUGUGGACUCCCUCCUCAUCUUCCUGUCCUAUGCUCUCAUCUUGCGCACCGUGCUGAGCAUCGCCUCCCGCCAGGAGAGACUCCGGGCCCUCAACACCUGCGUCUCCCAUAUCUGUGCUGUGCUGCUCUUCUACAUCCCCAUGAUCGGCUUGUCACUUGUACACCGCUUUGGUGAACAUCUGCCCCGCAUCGUACACCUCCUCAUGUCUUACGUAUAUCUACUGGUACCACCCCUCAUGAACCCCAUUGUCUAUAGUAUCAAGACCAAGCAAAUCCGUCUCCGCAUUGUAAAGAAACUGCAGAAACAAAAAGAAUUUCGCAUCACCCCCACAGGUCUAAAUAGAAUACUGUCCCCUAUUUGUUACUUGAUGCCUCAAAAUGGAGGGCUCAGUUCUGAGGAUCAGAGACAGAAAGAGGAGAUGGACUGCCUUUGCACAGGUAGAGAUCAGGUGUACCAGACGUUUUAUGAGUGGUAUUAUCAGCCACCAUACACUUUGCCAGUCCUGGUCAGAUUGUCAGCACUGGAAAACAAAGCAAGUGCCAUGACUUCUCUGGGCUCACAUACUGGAGGGAUUGUUAAUGGAAAGGAAGGAGACCACUGA